GCUGCCCAAGGACGCGCCAAGGACGCACUGUGACGUGGUCAAUCAGGCCUGAAGUCAGCUAGGAAGUCAUGGCUCCCUGCUUCGCUUUCUCUACAGAAGAUGCUAAAUUCUGCAAGCAGCGCAGCUGUUUGCGCCUCUUAGCAGUCAGACCUUCAGCUCAAAAACCCAACCACGUUCCCCCAGCAUAGUUCCUCUUAUCAUCAUGCUCUUUGAGGGUCUUCGCUGCCGCUGUCAGGAGAACACAACGUGAUAGGAUAGGUUGACUCAGAGCAGGUCCCUCGAACAAUCUUUGAAUCAACAGCUAGCACAUUAUCUGAGCAAGGAAGGCAAUCGUUUCUCUGAGAGUCGCAAACACAAUGGCUCAGAGGCUUGGUGUAGCGUUUCCCUUUCUGGUCCUCUGUUGGUUAAGUGGGGUGACGGGGAGGCUGCCCCAAGGAAAAUUGAGCGCGACCGACAUAUACACCGUGUGUAUGACAAACUUUCUCCCAUACCAAACGUGUGUGGUGGGGGACACGACUCCAACAAAUUUCUCAGGCUAUGGCUCCGAACUUUUCCAUCGGCUGGCUGCGCGGAUGUUGUGGACGUACGGGCAAGACUACACCUUUGUGUGCCUCGACUUUAUUGACGUCAUAACAGACUUGGUCGAUCCCACCGGCCGGUGUGACGUAGCUAGCUCCGCACUUUUGGUCUCAAGCCAGGACCAGAAAUCAGGCAUCAAGUUUGGAUAUCCCGACUACCAUACUGGCCAGGGGGUGAUGGUUUACGCCACCAGCAAGAAAACGAACCAAUGGCUGUUCCUUGCUCCGUUCAGCUGGGAGGUCUGGGUCUUCUUGUUCGUGGCAGCUUUCUGUGUGGGCGUUUUCGUUCAGCUGGUGGAGAAGAUAAUGACCCCGGCCCGGACCGAAGGAGAGGAAUACGAGGCGGGCCACGUUGGCUACGGUCAUAUGGUAUGGUCAGCCGGCGCACAGGUCGUGAACGCGUCGGAGCCGAUGUCGGUCGUUUCCAUACCGUCCCGCAUCAUCACUUUCGUCUGGUGCUUCGUCAUCCUCCUGAUUGUUGCUAUGUACACCGGUAACGCCGCUGCGAUCCUCACGGCCUCCAAUGUCGACGUGGCAGUCCAGUCAAUUGACGACUUGCGGGGUCAAAGCUGGGGUGCUUAUGUCGGGACCCUAGGAACCAUGCACCGCAAUGGAUGGUUUCCAACCAAGAUCUAUGAUGGAGGACUGGUUUCGGAGACCCAGUUUUUGGAAGACCUGAAGACCGGCGUGAUCCAGGGCGUGGUUUGGGAUUUCGGUUUCGUUGACUACAUCACUGCUACCAGCUGCAAUUACGUCAAGGUCGGAGGCUUUCUCACGGAGGAGAGCCGCGCGUUGGCGUGGUGGCAAAACGCGAGCGACGCGCUCAUCAGCCAAUUCAACGGCCACGUGUUGGACCUGGAAGAAAGUACCGACCUGAAGCACCUUCACGAUACGUUCAUUGCACCGCCGCCCGCAAGCUGCAAUGAGCAAGAGGCGAGCCAGAUCACCAAAGUGACGUUCAGAGAGGUCUCCGGUCUGUGGAUCGUAUUGGGAGCCACAAUUCUCUUCUCUCUCGCUUUGGCUGUUAUCAGCCGAUACUGCUGGAGGCCGAAAUUGCAGCCGAUACUGACUUCGACACUAGCGGAAACAUUCCGCAAAACAGGCAAUUCCAAGGGCAAGCCCUUGGUUCCGACCAUGCCGGUUGAUUCGUUUUCUGCGGAGAUGCAACAUGGAGUUCUGGACGGCAAGGAAGUUUGAUGAAGUGUGGUCGUAACGGGCUUAAGUCAAAGUAAACGUUAACUUUUUUGGAGUUAUCGUAGGCGAGUGGAGUCAAUGGACGUACAUAGAAGCGUGCUGGUAUAGACAUAGUAAGGAUUGAAAAGAUCCGAGGCCGGCCAAAUGUUUUGGGGGCACUCAAGGUGACCGAUCUUGGAGAGAUGUUUGAUUUUCAGAUAUAGUUUAAAAUGAAGACUCAUUGGUCGCCAACACCAAACGAACAUAAGGGCUUGGUCCGCAUCUAUAAGCGGUCCGACCAUAUCGGCGCCACAAGACACAGCAGGUUAAAGGUGGCUUCUAAGGACCCAAUUGCUGACGUCAGCUUGAGUCAACUUACGGCUGGUAAAUUCGCUUAGAGCACGUGCUACGAUUGCUUCUCAGUUAGCGUUGAUAGGAACAUGCAAUCGUUUGGCACAGAGGGAAAGAUACAUGAAGCCGACAGACUUCCCAACUAGUCGACCAGCAAACAUAGUAGAUAUAUUCCGGCAAACUACUAAAUGCGG